GGGAGAGGCGCGGCGCUCCGUGGCCCGUGCAGGACUGGAAACCACCUGUAUGGAUGACCACGGCCCCGGCGUGAUCGACUCGCCCUCGAGCCCCAGGAGCAGGCGCAGCACCGGCGCAGCGGACAACCGGGGUGAUGAGAGCAUGACGGUGGAGAACAUGCUGGAGGAGUCCGCCGCGCUGUCGGCGCCUUACCUGUCCGUGGACAGAUACGAGCGCGGCCGCCACGGCUGCUGCGAGCGCGUGGUCAUCAACAUCUCGGGGCUGCGCUUCGAGACGCAGCUGAAAACUUUCAACCAGUUCCCAGACACGCUGCUGGGGGACCCCAGGAAGAGGAUGCGCUACUUCGAUCCGCUCAGGAACGAGUACUUCUUCGACCGGAACCGACCCAGCUUCGAUGCCAUCCUCUACUACUACCAGUCCGGGGGGCGCAUCCGGAGACCCGUCAACGUGCCCAUUGAUAUUUUCUCGGAGGAGAUCCGCUUCUACCAACUUGGGGAGGAGGCCAUGGAGAAAUUCCGCGAGGACGAGGGUUUUAUCAAAGAAGAGGAGCGAGUUUUGCCCAAAAAUGAUUUUCAAAAGCAGGUUUGGCUUCUGUUCGAGUACCCGGAGAGUUCGGGUCCCGCAAGGGGGAUCGCCAUCGUGUCCGUGCUUGUGAUUUUAAUCUCCAUAGUGAUCUUCUGCAUGGAGACUCUGCCUGAAUUCCGGGAUGAGAAGGACGCGACGGUGGCGCCGCCGGUGAAUGGCACCGUGACGCGCGCCUCGAACCCCUUCACUGACCCCUUCUUCGUCAUAGAGACCCUCUGUAUCAUUUGGUUUUCCUUCGAGCUUCUCGUCAGGUUCUUCGCCUGCCCCAGCAAAACUUGCUUCUCCAAAAACAUCAUGAAUAUCAUCGACAUCGUGGCCAUCAUCCCCUACUUUAUCACUCUGGGGACGGAGCUGGCGGAGACUGAGAACAACGGGGGGCAGCAGGCGAUGUCGCUCGCCAUCCUGAGGGUGAUCAGACUGGUGAGGGUCUUUCGCAUCUUUAAGCUCUCACGACACUCGAAGGGUCUCCAGAUUUUGGGACAGACGCUCAAGGCGAGCAUGCGGGAGCUCGGACUCCUCAUCUUCUUCCUCUUCAUCGGAGUUAUUCUCUUUUCCAGCGCGGUUUACUUCGCAGAAGCGGACGAUCCGACGUCCAGUUUCAGCAGCAUCCCGGACGCCUUCUGGUGGGCGGUGGUCACCAUGACCACGGUGGGAUACGGGGACAUGCAUCCCGUGACUAUAGGGGGCAAGAUUGUGGGGUCGCUGUGCGCCAUAGCGGGGGUGCUGACCAUUGCCUUACCGGUGCCGGUGAUUGUCUCCAACUUUAACUACUUUUACCACCGGGAGACGGAUGGAGAGGAGCAUCCUCAGUAUGUGCACACGGAGAGCUGUGACCACCUCACCCCGGAGGAGAGGAGGGGGUCGUGCAGCUCUUCCUCCCUCAGCAAGUCUGAGUACAUGGUGAUAGAAGAGAGCAUCCACGGUGCGUUCAAACAAACCAACUUCAGCACCGAGAACAACCAGAACUGCGUUAACAUCAAGAAGAUCUUCACAGACGUGUAAAUAACAGCCCAAAGGGCGGAUGGUGACGGGGCUUAAUUAUGAAAGCACUUCAUCAUAGGGGCCGCUUUAUUUAUUUAUUUAUUUUUAUCUAAUAAUUCAUGUCCUUGUUAUGAAUGGAGUAUCAUACCCUGGGUACUUUUGUGCAGACAGCGCCUCAUUAUUAUCAAAAUCAAAUACCACUUGUUGAAAAAUCUGUAACAAGUGGCCAGAAAAUAGGUCAAAACAGAACGUCAAAAAUUACAUUCACAGUUUGAAGUACUGAUCAUUUACCCCUAGUUGUCCUUCCUUGUAAAAUGUCACCAAAAAUAUCAAGUCUAGUGAAAGUAUAUAUAUAUAUAUAUAUAUAAGUCAAUAAAACACCUAAUUAUGAGGCUUUUUUUUCUUUUGUGCCAUUUAAAUAAACGUAGAAAAAUAAAGAAAUAAAGAAAUCAGUGUUAUGGGUUCAUAAAGAGACCCCUAUCAUGAAGUGUUUACAAAUGCUAAACUUCGUACAUAUCUCUGGUCGAAUGCUGCGUCAGUGUCCAUUUUAACAAGCGAUUUAUAGCUUUUUCAUUCCAAACGUUAACCAAAUGUAUCUACUGAAGAGAAAAAGUAUUUAUUUAUAUUUAAAAAUAAGAUUGUUUAAAUGGAUAUUUCUGUCGCGUCAGCACCAGGCAAGCAUAUCUUGGUGUCAAUAAUGAGAAAGAAUCAGCACCAGCUGUCGUGAAGAUGUUGAAGUAUAUAGUUCUAUAUAUAUAUUGUGUGUUGAGGUUAUAUUGAAUAUCAUAACCUGUUGUCUUGUCUAGAUUAUUUAUCAGGUAUAUAACAACAGAGUGGUGUGGAUCAAUAUCAUAAGUUGUUUUUUGUAAAAAUGUAUUUUUAUUCAGAGUUGCCUA